AUGAAAUUCGCCAAAGAGCUAGAAGAGGAGCUAGUCCCCGAAUGGCGCGCAAAGUAUCUCGAUUACAAGGCAUGUGACGCUGGAAAGAAGAAGCUCAAGGCCAUCACUCGAGCCAUUCAGAAAGCCAACAAAAGUCCUCGACAUCCUUCACUGCGACAAGAUCAUGGAAUCAUCUCGACACAAGAUCCGAUUGGCUUCUCGCAAAAUGAAGCAGAUAAGAAACUCGAGGCCAAUGAUUUAACACACCAAGCCCCUUCGACCCCAGGUAGAACCAGUAGCCGCCCCAGUUCAGGACCCCGUUCGACCCCGAUUCAGCGAAGCGAACGACAACCGUUGAGAACACCGGGUUCGCGGUUCUCAGGGAAUGCAGGAACCUACGGAAGCAUUAUUCCAUCUCCACAGGGGCAGCAUGAUGCAGAGUCGGAAGUGGCUACCUUGGAACUCCCGGACCCAGCACUAGAUCCUGAAGAGGGAUAUUCCCACCCAGAGAGAACCGAUGUGAAUCCUGUUCGAGAAGGUCCUCAAUCCCCGUCUCCCGUCCUCUCGCCGCGGUCCACUGUUCCAGAUCGGAAUGUUAAUCGACCUGCACAUGAAAGCAAGCCCUCCCUCGCGAGUAGGGGAAGCUUUCACAGUAGUAAAAGGGGACAUACUUCAUCGGGCCCAUCUACGAAGAGGACCUCGCAUCUCCUUAAACGAGUCUUUUCCUAUACGGGAGAGCCCCCAGAGAAACGUGGACUAGGGGAAAGUUCGUCAGAAAUUGAACGUCGACAGGAUGAAUUCUUCGUCUUUUUGGAUAACGAGCUAUCGAAGAUCGAGUCGUUUUACAAAACCAAGGAAGAGGAAGCUACACAGCGGUUACGGACCCUCCGUCAGCAGCUGCACAUCAUGCGGGAUCAACGAACGCAGCAGGUCUUGGGUGCUCAGAAGAUAUUGCGCAAGAACAACACCGACUCACAACAGGCAAGUGGUUUUGGCCCAUUCAACCCCUUCGGCCUGAAGGAUGCUUUUAUAGGACGGAACCGGUUUGGGAAAAACUCCGAGGCAUUGGCGCAGAUGGCACCUCCAAAUACGGCUGGUACACAGGGGCGGGAUGAAGAAGCGACCGUCAGUCGCAGGGACUUUGCACGCCGACCAGAUGAUACUCAGUACACCGAGGUGUCUUAUCGCACUGCCAAGAAGAAGCUGAAGCAUGCGCUGCAAGAGUUCUACCGCGGCGUAGAGUUACUGAAGGCCUAUGCGUACCUCAAUCGAACCGCUUUCCGGAAGAUCAACAAGAAGUACGACAAGGUUGUCAAUGCUCGUCCUACUAUGAGGUACAUGUCGGACAAGGUCAACCAAGCAUGGUUUGUAAACAGUGAACUUGCAGACAACCUGAUGGCCUCAGCGGAAGACCUAUACUCUCGCUAUUUCGAACGUGGUAACCGAAAGCUUGCAGUUUCGAAACUACGACGCACCUCCAAGAAGGCAGGCGACCACUCUCCCAGUACUUUCCGCUGCGGCCUUUUGUUGAUGGCUGGUCUUUUAUUUGGUAUUCAAGCUUUGGUCUUCGCUGGGGAUCGUCUGAAUGAUUCCGAAGGUGUAAUAAAAACACAUACUAGUUAUUUACUUCAGUUCCCUAGCGCUUUCUUCUUUUUACUGGGCCUGUUCAUGUGGCUUAACUUCUAUCUAUCGGUCAACGACAUGUAUAUCUACUGGCCGGUCAUCCUUAUCGGCUUAACCGUCAUUGUCCUUUUCCUGCCUGCUCGCGUACUUUAUCAUCGAAGCCGCCAAUGGUGGGCAUAUUCCAAUUGGCGUUUGGUGCUUGCGGGACUCUACCCGGUCGAGUUCCGUGACUUCUUUCUUGGAGACAUGUACUGCUCCCAAACAUAUGCUAUGGGGAACAUUGAGCUAUUCUUCUGUCUAUAUGCGAGAUCCUGGAAUGACCCCCCUCAGUGCAACUCAUCUCAUUCCAGGCUUUUGGGGUUCUUCAUGUGUCUCCCGGCUAUCUGGCGAGCGUUUCAAUGUCUCCGACGAUAUGCGGAUACAAAGAACGUAUUUCCCCAUCUGGCUAAUUUUGGAAAGUAUAUAUUUAGCGUUCUCUACUAUAUGACUCUGAGCAUGUAUCGCAUUGAGAGAAUGACUCGGUUCCAAGCACCAUUCAUUACCUUCGCCUUGUUGAAUGCGGUCUACGUUUCUGUGUGGGACCUUGCUAUGGAUUGGAGUUUGGGCAACCCUUAUGCCAAACAUCCACUUUUGCGUGACGUUCUAGCCUUCCGCAGGGCGUGGGUUUACUAUGUCGCCAUGGUGAUUGACGUGAUUAUACGUUUCAAUUGGAUCUUCUAUGCCAUCUUUGCCCAUGACAUACAGCACUCCCAGGUGCUGAGUUUCGCGGUUUCCUUCUCGGAGAUAUGUCGAAGAGGUGUCUGGACAGUAUUCCGAGUGGAGAAUGAGCACUGUACCAACGUGCUCCUUUUCCGAGCAUCAAGAGAUGUACCUCUGCCGUAUGAAGUCCCCAAGCCGGGUACUGAAUCCGGCCAUCCCUCAGUGGAUUUGCCGCCUCAAGACCAACAAGGUCUUACUCCCUUUCUUGGGCCAACCGAUAUUGAACACGGGGCACAAACACCACCGACCCCAGGCACAGUCGCUCGUGCUCGCGGCCAAAUCUCGCGUGUUGGAACAAUUGUGGCUACCGCGCACGCACAGGACUUUCAACGGAAAAAGCGCCCUGACCAAAUUCCUGGGGCUGCUGUGCAACAUGAUACGGAACGGAGUCCCGAUGAAACAAGCGAAGAAGAAGAGGAAGCGGAUUCAGGCGAUUCCAGACACGAUACCGACGAUGACAGUACCGCGGCGGCGAUUCGCCGUCGCACCUCGCAUGUUCGAAUCAGCGAAGAAUCCGAUCAUCCCUAUGAGUAA